AAGGUUAAAUAUAGAUUGUCUUCACAGCAAUGGGGUAUUUUUUUUUUACUUCACAAUCUUUAUUACGUGAUAAAAAGUAUCGCUGUAACCAAAUUCACACACAGUAGCGGAACAAAAAUGAUCUGGAAACUCCGUCAUACGCUUAUAAAGUAUCACAUGCUGCGUUUCACCUGACUUGCUCGCUUGGCUUCACCUGUCACUAGGAGAAGCGUUGCCUCCUGAGAUAUAUACAGACAUCGCCGAAAGGGGUUUCACUUUCUGCGAGUACAAUUGGCCCAAGGCCGCGUCAGUCAAGGAGGGACUGUGGCAAGUUGCCCAAAGUUUCCAAAAGAAGGAAGUUCAAAGAGGUUGUGCGAUGACCAGGGACCCUCUCGCACUGCGAGCAAACAACAGCGAAAACUAACCAUCAGACGGAUCUGAGCUGACUUCAAAGCGUGAAGGAGACGUUUCAGCUUUUACAGAGACACUUUGUUGAACAUAAAAACACACCACCGCGGGCGGCAGCUCCUGCAGCAGAAGCUAUGGAGGGGCUGGACACGACCCCUGCUCUGGCUUUCGAGAAAGACGCGUUUGAUCUGACGGUGGAGGACGUGUACGACAUCUCCUAUGUGAUCGGGAGAGACCUGCUCAAAAUCAACAGCGCCGGCGAAGAGGUGUCCGAGCUGCAGUUCAAAAUUGUCCGGGUCCUGGAGAUGUUUGAAGCCCUGGUGAACAGGCACAACCUGACGCUGGAGGAGCUGAAAAUGGAGCGGGACAAUCUGAAGAGCGAGCUGGACCGGCGUCUGAGUGAGGGGUCGGAACAGGGGACGAUGACGAUCGGUUCGAACAAGAUGGUAGUGGACCUCAAGGAUCCGAACCGGCCCCGGUUCACUUUGCAGGAGCUGAAGGACGUGUUGCAGGAACGGAACCAGCUCAAAGCCCAGCUCCUGGUGGCCCAAGAGCAGCUGCAGCUCUAUAAGAGUGGGAUUUUGCCUCAGAGCGAGCCAGCCGCAGUUGAAGCGGAUCUCCAACCUGUACCCCCAGCGCCCUGCACCACGCCUAAAGAAGAGAAAACCACCAUCCGGAAACUGUUUUCGUUUACUAGGAAGUGAUGAAAAGAAGACGACAGAAUUCAAAUAACUUACUAAUGUUCACCAGCUUUUUAUACGUGUAGGUUUUUUCUACUAAAAGGAUUCGAACAGUAUUUUAAACUUUCAGAAUAUAUGGAAACAGUUAUUCCACUGUGCAUUAGAACGGAUCACAAUCACCGUCUUAUACACCGGAAAAAAAUACUGUACACUAUGAGUACUUUGAAACAAUUCUGUUACCUGCCAUCUCUGCUGUAGCUCAAGUUAAACACUAAAACCACCUUGUCCAAGGCAGAAUAAUGAGACAGUGUUGCAGUCUUUUUAGCAUGUCUGUUAAUACAGUAUAUCCCUUGUCAUUCUGGGAGAAGAUGUUCAAGUUGGAAUUUGUAAUAUGAUACAUAAAUGCCAGUCCAAAAGUGGAAGUAGGGAUGAAGAAGAAACAAGCAGAAUUCCAGAUUUAGCUGAAAAGUAAAAAGAAGGAAAAACACUUCAGCUGCAGUUGUGUUCAGAUGUGAAAUUUUUAGGAUCUCCAACUGUGUGAAAUGACUGGCUGAAAAUCAAAAGGCAAAGGCAAAGGUACAGAUCUGUCCUAUUUACACUGUAUUGACUGUUUUCAUUGGGUGCUACAAAAAAUGAUUUCAAGGCAAAUCGGUGAGGAAAAUAUGCACCAGAGAUAUUACUAACUCUUGGCUAUCUGUGUGUUGAGUGUAAAAUGUUUGGAACUGUGCUGAUAAAGUUGUUGAGAACAGCUUUUCACAUUUAUUUAUCCCCUGGUGAAAAAUGUUAAAAGACCUAUUGGACAUUCUGCACUGUUAAAUGAAACAUCUUAACCAAAGAAUUAAGGCAAGCAGGAUUGUGGGGAUCAUUGUCUAUAAUAAUAAUAAUAGGGAAAGAAACUCCAAUGGUAGAAAUGUGCCUUGUUACCCUUCACUUGACAGGGUUGUAUUUUGUCAACAUGGGUCAGGGGCUGUGAAUAAACCAUCAUCAAAAAUGUUACUACGG